CAGCGUGGGAAGAUGGCGGCGCUCAGGGCUUUGCGGCGUCUGCGGGCACCUUCAGGACCGUGGCUGCCCGGCAGGGCGCUGGGGGCCGCUCCCAGCAGAGGAAAACAAUGGCAACCAGAUAUCGAGUUUAUGAAGGAGCUUGAAGGCGCCGUCAUGUACCCCAGCAAAGUGACAGAAAAAUGGGUCCCUCCGCCGUGGAAUAACAGGGAUCCUAUAGUAGGGAGAAUGGCCAACAUUACUCUCAACUUUGGACCCCAACAUCCUGCCGCUCACGGGGUCUUGCGCCUGGUGAUGGUGCUGAACGGGGAGAACGUGAGGAAGUGUGACCCCCACAUUGGCUUGCUCCACCGGGGGACGGAGAAACUCAUAGAAUAUAAGACCUACCUCCAGGCCUUGCCCUAUUUUGACCGGCUGGAUUACGUCUCCAUGAUGUGCAACGAGCAGGCGUACUCGCUGGCUGUGGAGAAACUCCUGAAUAUCCAACCGCCCGUAAGAGCUCAGUGGAUACGAGUUCUCUUUGGGGAAAUCACACGGCUGCUGAACCACAUCAUGGCCAUCACCACCCACGCGCUGGACGUUGGGGCCAUGACCCCCUUCUUCUGGAUGUUUGAAGAGAGAGAAAAGAUGUUUGAAUUCUACGAGCGGGUGUCCGGAGCGCGGAUGCACGCUGCUUACGUCCGGCCUGGAGGCGUCCAUCAGGAUAUGCCGCUGGGAUUGAUGGACGACAUUUACGAAUUUGUGAAGAAUUUCUCCGUCCGGGUCGACGAGGUGGAGGAGAUGCUGACCAACAACCGGAUCUGGAGGAACCGCACCAUCGAUAUUGGGGUGAUCUCGGCCGAAGAUGCCCACAAUUGUGGCUUCAGCGGUGUGAUGCUUCGUGGGUCAGGGAUCCAGUGGGAUCUUCGCAAAACCCAGCCUUACGACGUCUACGACCAGGUGGAGUUCGACGUGCCCAUCGGAUCAAACGGAGACUGUUACGACAGGUACCUUUGCCGCAUAGAGGAGAUGCGCCAGUCGCUGCGCAUCAUCUUGCAGGCCUUGAACAAGAUGCCGGAAGGGGAGAUCAAAGUGGACGACGCCAAAGUCUCGCCUCCAAAGAGAGCGGAGAUGAAGACCUCCAUGGAGGCGCUCAUCCAUCACUUCAAACUUUACACCGAGGGCUAUCAAGUGCCCCCCGGGGCCACUUACACCGCCAUUGAGGCUCCAAAGGGUGAAUUUGGGGUCUACCUGGUCUCUGACGGGAGCAGCCGUCCCUAUCGCUGCAAGAUCAAAGCGCCCGGCUUUGCACACUUGGCCGCUUUGGAUAAAAUGUCCAGGGGUCACAUGCUUGCUGAUGUGGUGGCCAUCAUCGGCACCCAGGAUAUCGUCUUUGGCGAAGUGGACAGAUAAAUCAGUGUCCAGCCCGGGGGGAGACGGGAUAGGAACCCACCCCUCGCUGCGGACGCCAUCUCUCCCCCCC